UAUAUGCACGGACCAGGAAGAUUGUGUCAUUUGGGAAAAUAUAUAUUCUGUAGUGUGACACGACGCUGUAUAUAAAAUGGACGUAAACGAAUAAGUCAUUUUUUCUUUUGCUCGAAUUGAAUUCAGGGAUUGUGCGGAAGCCGACUGAAAAUGGCAGAAGGAGGCGUCAACCUUGCGGUGUCAAAAACUGAAAGCGCUCCCGAAGACAGUCUUUACAGUCGUCACUCUAAGAAUUAUGUCGAAAGUGUGUCCGUGGAGAUCUGUACUAUAAUGACCCGCUUGGGUUACGGCGAGGAGAUAAGACGUUGGCGGGUUGAGAAAUAUAGGGAGUUGGAUAGGCUGCAGGAUUUACCAAUCACCGCUGGAAGCAAGGCAGAGGGGCUGACCUGCCGGUUCGAAAGUGACUAUGAUAUUUUAUACCCGCUGAGAAAUGUCCUCAGUGUUGAAACUGGUAUCAAUCUUCACACCAUACCAGGACACAUAGAUGUAUUUAGGAUGGAUACACGUGUAUACCCAGGACACUGCAGACUGUUACAAGAGAGACCAGCGCAUGAACGUUUGGUAAUAAUUGAAAAUUCUCUGUCUGAUAAUGGAUAUGGAGACGUUCUUUUAAGUAGCAGUUUAUUUGUAGAUUUUUUGGCGGGACUAUUCGACCUAGGCACAAGCGCUCUUGAGUUAUUAUCACCUAGAUUAGUGCGACAUGAACGCGCGGGACCUUCAAUACCGAGUACAGUUGAUGGAAUUCCUAUGGAUAUGGUAUUUUCAAUACGCUGCCACUGCCCCAGCAUCCUAAACAGAUGGGCUACCCGACCCCGUCAUUGGCCGUCACCAGUCGUAGUUAAGAAAGUCGUAUCAUUGGGAGCUUAUGUAACCCCGGUAGGAUGUAAGGGAAGUGAGAACAAGAACUCAGAAUGGAGGAUGUGCUUUAACACCGGUGAGACAGAACUAGUGAACAAUCUUAGUGACACACAAGUGAAAGUGUAUGUUUUGCUUAAAAUGAUCCUCAAACAUGUCCUUAUGCCUUGUAAGAAAGAAAUAACAUCUUAUGUGAUGAAAAAUAUUGUAUUGUGGCAAGCUGAGAGUAACCCACAGAACCGGUUUAAUGCACGGAGUUUGUUUCACUGGCUGCAUGACGGACUGAGGGAACUUAGAUCUGCUAUUGCCAAUAAAAACCUAUCAUAUUUCAUGAUUCCGGAGAGAAAUUUAAUGGAAGGCAGUGGUUUGGAUGACAAACAGCAAAGUAAAUGGGUAGCAGAUAUCACGGACAUGAUGGUGGAAGGACCGAAGGUGUUACUGAGAUUGCCGAAGAUACGACAGGCCGUUGUCGCGUCCCCAGAGCCAAUGUUGUGGUUCAUGACGAUAAGAAUGGAGGUAGAGAUGCUGUGGGUGAUGUAUAUGAUAAGAUGUGAGAAAUGUAAGGAUGAGAACGGAGUAGUGGAUUAUUCUAAUGCUCGACUGCAGCAGAUAUUGUUUCGCUUAUCAGAGAUACUGACGGAGGUGAUAUUCCCAAUGUUCGUAGAAGGUUGUCCUCUUGAUAAACUGAAUCUAUGGGAUAUGUUGCGUGCAAUUUUAGGGUAAAAAUUCACUUAAGUGCAGGUAAAGAAAUGGAGCUUGAGGAGAUUACCAGAGACAUUUGAUGUAGAGAUGAGAAAGUGGUUGUGGUUUGACUUGGAUAUACCAUCCUGUAGGAGCUACAAUGCCGUUGUUUGACCAGAAAUGUUAGCAAUACUAAUAUUGUAUUAAUAUAUUAACGUGUGCCGUUUUGUUAGACUGCACUUGUCGACUUGAAAGCGCAUGCGGUUCAUUGUGACUUGCUAAAAGGAAGAUGAGUCCAAACGCACAUUAAUGAACUGACGAUGUAAUUAUAUUUGAUUAAUAUGCUUUGCCAGAAUAAUAUAUACACGACUUAAUAAACUUACUGUGUAAUUAUCAUUAAAAUGUGUCUUAUCAUGUAUAUGCUUUCCCAUUAUAAUAUAUACAUAACUUAAUAAACUGACUGUAAUUAUCAUUAAAAUGAGUCUAAGGC